GAUUCGAUCCCAUGAAUGACUUGUUGUUUCUGUCUUAAUUCUACUUUCAUCCAUCAAUCGAUCAAACCACAGAUAAAGGAGGAGAACAAGCCGGUGGCCACGGCCGUCCCUCCGCCGCCUCUGUCAGCGCUGCCGGGAGGCUUCCUCAAACAGCUGGUCAGAGACUCAGAGAAGGAGACCAAACACAAAGAGCCGGAGGUCAAAGAGGAGAAACAGCCGAGCAAACUGAGCGACAACCUCGUGCAGCAGUUCCUCGUCCCGGACCAGACUCCCCCGAUCCUCGAGGCCGAGAUGGCGCUCCGGGCCGAGCAGCUGCUCAGCAACAGCAGGCAGGGACGAACCUCGGCCCAGUCGGACUGCAAGUCCCCGUCUCAGAGGCUCAUCGUCUCCCCUGAGCCCGACGGCAAACAGGAAGUAGAACCGCAGCCGCAGAGACAGCAGCAGGACGUGAGGUCGGAGAAGAAGACCAAGAAGACGCCACAGAGCGAGCAGAAGAAGGAGAGGAUAGAGGAGGUGAAGAAGGAGGAGAAGAAGAAGGAGGAGAAGAAGGAGGAGAGGCAGGAGCCCGAGGGAAGGCAAGCAGACACAGAGAUAACUGAACAGACCAGGAGAGAGGUGAGGGAUGUGUGGUACGAAGCUGGAACUGUGUGGUGUGUCCAGAAGGACGGUUUCACCCUCGCCACUCAGCUGAAGCCUGACGAAGGAACGCCUGAACUCCCAGAAGGCCGAGUGAGGGUGCGACUGCACACAGACGGGUCGCUGCACGACGUCACCGAGUACGAAAUCGAGAAGCGUAACCCGUCAGAGCUGGAUCUGUGCGAGGACCUGAGCGACCUGCAGAGCGUGAACGAGUGUGGAGUCCUGCACACGCUGAUGAGUCGAGCUAAAGCCAACAUGCCGCUCACGCACGCCGGACCCAACCUGGUCAACUUCUGGCCUCCGUUACAGACCCACAGCAAGACCCCGAAGUCUCGUCGAGGAGAGUCGGUGUGGGACGCUCCCCCGGCUCUGGCUGCCCUGGUCAAGCGGGUCUACGUGUCCGUGGUCGGCACCAGGAGGGACCACAGCGUGUGCGCGGUGGGACGCAGCGGGACGGGAAAGACCACGGCGUGCCAAGCCUUCACGCACGCCCUCCUCAAACAGGCGGGUACAACCGGAGAGAACAUCAGCGGUGACGCCGUUCAGGCCAUGUUCACCAUCCUGAGGUCGUUCGGCUGCGUGAGCUCCCAGCACAGCGACGCCUCGUCUCGGUUCGCCACCGUCUUCUCGCUGGACUUCAACCACGCCGGACAGGCCGCCGCUGGACACCUGCAGACCAUGAUGCUGGACAAAUGGAGGGUGUGUCAGAAAACUCCAGGAGAGAGUAACUUCCUGGUUUUCUCUCAGAUGCUGGCAGGACUCAGCACAGAGAUGAGGACGGAGCUGCAGCUGCACCAGCUCCCUGAAUUCAACUCGUUUGGUAUCGUUCAUCCCACCAAGGUUGAAGAGAAACAGCGAGCGUCCGUCGCCUUCACCAAGCUGCUGACUGCCAUGGAAACGCUCGGCUUCUCGGCCGACGAGCAGAAGGCGAUCUGGCAUGUUCUGGCUGGUAUUUACCAUCUGGGAGCUGCCGGGGCCUGUAAAGUGGGCAGGAGGCAGUUUGUGAAUUUCGACAGCGCUCAGGUGGCCAGCGGCGUGCUGGGCUGCGAGGGAGAGGAGCUGCACACCGCCGUGUUCAAACACCACCUCCGACAGCUGCUGCAGAGAGCCACCGGGGGCAGCAGAGAGAGGAACCCCGCCGCCGACACAGAGGAGGGUCCCAGGUUGACGGCUGCUCAGUGUGUCAAUGGAAUGGCUGCAGGACUUUACGAAGAACUCUUCACUGCCAUCGUCUCACUCAUCAACAGGGCUCUGAGCGGUCAGCAGCUGACGUUAGCCUCCGUCAUGGUGGUGGACACGCCGGGCUUAAGGAACCCCAGACACUCGGCCGAGGAGCGAGCGGCCGGCUGGUCCGAGCUCUGCCACAACUACCUGCAGGAGAGGCUGCUGGAGCACUACCACACACACACCUUCAGACACACACUGGACAGAUACGCACAGGAGAAGAUCCCGGUGGAGUUCGAGUGUCCAGAAAACAGCCCGGCUGAGCUGGUGUCUGCCAUCGACCAGCCGCCUCCACAGGUCCGGGCGGCAGACGGAGACCCCAGAGGUUUGUUGUGGGUUCUGGAUGAGGAGAUGGUGACGCCGGCCUCCAGUGAGAACAGCGCCCUGGAGAGAGUCUGCCAGUAUUACAGCAACACUGUGCGUCAGUGCGAGCAGCCGCUGCAGUGCGAGGUGAACCACCUGAUGGGCUGUGACCCGGUCCGCUACGACCUGACCGGAUGGUUCGGUCUGAUCCAGAACAACCCGUCUGCUCAAAACGCCAUCGGUCUGCUCCAGAACUCCAGCAUAGGGGUGGUGAAGUCCAUGUUUACCCCUAAGAUCUCUCUGCCCCCCCUGUGUCGAGGUCUGGGGGGCUUGGAGGGCGGCAGCCAGCGCUCCCUGCAGAGGAACGGCACCAUCAGGAAAACGUUCAGCGGCGGGAUGGCGGCCAUUCGCAGACACUCCCAGUGUAUCGCAGUGAAACUACAGGCAGACGCUCUGGUGAACCUGGUUCGUCGAGCCCGGCCGGUGUUCCUGCAGUGUGUGAGCACGAAGGCCGACAGCGGAGGUUUUGACGUCCCGGCUCUGAGAGUCCAGCUGCACUCGACCCAGAUCCUGUCGGCCCUGCAGCUGUACCGCACAGGUUAUCCAGAGCACAUGACUCUGAGUGACUUCAGGUGUCAUUUCCAGGCGCUGUCUCCUCCGAUUAUGAAACGUUACGCUUCGAUGUUCGUCAGCCACGAUGAGAGAAAGGCGGUGGAGGAGCUGCUGGUCGAGUUGGAUCUGGAUAAAAGGAGCAUCGUCGUGGGAGCGAGUCGGGUGUUCAUGAAGCGAGGUGUGCUGCGUUACCUGGAGCAGCAGAGGGACCAGCAGGUCACCGGCUGGUUGGUCUAUCUGCAGGCCGCCUGCAUGGGACACCUGGCCCGGCAGAAGUACCGCAAACUCAAGGUGCAGCAGAUGGCGGUCAGCUGUCUGCAGAGGAACCUGCGGGCUCUGAGGGUCGUGGCAAAGUGGAGCUGGUGGAAACUUUUCUGCCGAGUUCGUCCUCUGCUCGACGUCAACAUGGACAACGAGAGGCUCAGGUUCAAAGAGGACGAGGUGUCGGCUCUGAGACGACGUCUGGAGAAAUCAGAGAAGGAGAGGAACGAGCUGAGGCAGACUGCAGACAGCCUGGAGACCAAGGUUACAGCUGUGACAUCUGAGCUGAGCGACGAGCGUUUCCGUGGCGAUGCGGUGGGUCAGGCUCUGGACGUGGAGAGGGCAGAGAGGCUUCGACUCAGCAGGGACAACAAAGACCUGCAGGCUCGUCUGGACCAGUGUAAAGUCGCCAUGGAAACGCUGGAGAAGCAGCUGGAGGAGGAGAAGCAGAAAGCUCAGACGACUGAGAGUCAGAGAGCAGCGGGGACAGAGAGCGAGCUGGCCAUGCAGCUGGAGUGCUGCCAGACAGAGGUCGAGUUCGUCCGCAGACGACUGAAGCAGACGGAGGAAAAACUGGAGACGGAGAGACAGACCCGACAGCAGCUCGAUACCAAGGUGGCGGCGCUGCAGGCCCAGCUGGAGCAGUCCAAGAGGAGUGUGACAGAACUGAAACGUCACUGUCGCCGCGUGACCUCUGACCUUCAGGACGCCAGAGUCCUCACCGACAGCCUGCAGAGCCGAAUACACGAGCUGGACCGUAAACAGAGAAGGUUUGACAGUGAGUUGACUCAGGCUCUGGAGGAAGCCGACAACGAGAGGGAGCAAAAGGACAAAGCGUUUCAGGAGAACACAGCUCUGGGGACUGAGAUCUACACUCUGCGCCGCAGCCUGCAGGAGAGUCAGUCGGAGGUGGGUCGUCUGCAGAAGCAGAAGGACGAGUUGUGCGCUCAGAUCCGUGACCUCAGCCUGCCCGUCCACCUGGCCUCGGACUCGCUCCCGGAUCUCAAGAAGCAGCUUCGCCUCCUGGAGAGCCAGGCCAGCGAGAGGGCGGAGGAGAUCACCAAGCUCACGGCCAAGAUCCAGCAGCAGCAGCAGGUCCACAUGAGGUUUGAGAUGGAGAUGGAGAGGAUGAAGCAGAUCCAUCAGAAGGAGCUGGAGGAUAAAGAGGAGGAGCUGGAGGACGUGCACAAGUCGUCUCAGAGACGGCUGAGGCAGUUGGAGAUGCAGUUGGAGCAGGAGUACGAGGAGAAACAGAUGGUGAUUCACGAGAAGCACGACUUGGAAGGACUCAUUGCCACGCUGUGUGACCAGGUGGGACACAGAGACUUCGACGUGGAGAAGAAGCUGAGGAGAGACCUGAAGAGGACUCACGCCCUCCUGGCCGACGCCCAGCUGCUCCUCGCCACCGUCGACAGCUCGGGACAGAACCAGCCCAACGGCAGCAAAGACCAGAUAGAGCGCCUUCACUGUCAGCUCGAGGAGAGCGAGGCGAGGCGACUCGAGGCCGAGAGCAUCCAGACGACUCUCUCCCAGGAGCUGGAGAACACUCAGAUCGAACUGGAAAACAUCUGCAAACAGAAGAGCGUGGUGGAUGAGCAGUUAGCCCUGCUGCAGCAUGAGAAGGUGGACCUGCUGAAGAGGCUGGAGGAGGACCAGGAGGACCUCAACGAGCUCAUGAAGAAGCACAAAGCGCUCAUUGCACAGUCCUCCAGUGACAUCUCUCAGAUCAGGGAGCUACAAGCCGAGCUAGAGGAGGUGAAGAAGCAGAGACACACUCUCCAGGAGGAGCUCCAGCAGUCGGUGUCGAGGGUGCAGUUCCUGGAGUCGUCCACUGUGGGGCGCAGCAUUGUCAGUAAACAGGAGGCACGAGUGUGUGACCUGGAAAACAAACUGGAGUUUCAGAGAGGGCAGGUCAAGAGGUUUGAGGUGCUCGUGUUGCGUUUAAGGGACAGCGUGGUUCGUCUGGGAGAGGAGUUGGAGCAGAGCGCCCAGGCCGAAGCUCGGGAGCGAGAGAACGCCCGAUAUUACCAGCAGCGCCUGCAGGACAUGAGGCUGGAGAUGGAGGAGCUGACCCAGAGGGAGCAGGACAGCGGCCGCAGACGCAUGGAGCUGGAAAUGCAGGUGGAGGAGCUCACCGCCGUCCGACAGGCGCUACAGGCCGACCUGGAGACGUCCAUCCGCCGCAUCGUGGAUCUGCAGGCCGCCCUGGAGGAGGUGGAGUCGAGCGACGAGAGUGACACUGAAAGCGUUCAAACUGCUGUGGAGUCGCUGACUCGAAAGAAAGACCUUGACUCUGUGUCCAGCGUCGGCUCCAUCGGGGCCGAGGAUGUCGGGGAGGGGAUUCGUCACUGGUUGGGAGUGCCGAGAGGGGGAUCCCGAGGCGGGGGCUCCCCCUACAGCAGCCAGGGGGGGCGCCUCUCUGUCGCAGACACCAUGAGCACCUACAGCUUCCGUUCUUGCGUGGAUCCUGAUGACGAAGGCUCUGAGGCUGGAGGAGUUGGUUCCAGAGGAAUCGGUCGGGCCCCGUCUUCCUCCGCCCUCUCUGAACUCCUGGACGGACUUCGUAAACGCAGAGCCGGCGGCGACGCAGGAGAUGGAGCAGGCAGCGCCGUCUCCCUGCCGAUUUACCAAACGACAGCGGCCUCGACUCUCAGACGGAGAGCUUCGGCCCUCUCUCUCAGCCCAGACGACGUCAAGGAGCCCCGGCCCGGCCCCAGCAUCCUCAAACCGUCCUCCCCGCUCCUGUCGCGCGCUGCCAGCAGUCGCUCCGUCGCCGAUUCUCAGGCGUCUGCCAGUGUCGCCACAGCAGGAGCCAAAAUGUCCCGCUUCAACUCGAGUGAUUCCCUCUCUUCGCUUCCCUCGCUGCCUCGCCUCUCCUCGCUGGCCUCCUCCCUCGCCGCUCGCCACCAGCCUCCCUCCCUGUCCAUCCCAGAGGAGGACCCAGAGGAACCCCUCCGCUCCACGACCACCCCCAUCCAGCGCUCCCCUCAGCCUCUGCGGCGGUGCAUGCUGGGUAGUCUCGUCACAGAGGACGGCGGCGAAGGCUCUCUGGGUUCGGAGCCCAUGGUCUUCCAGAAUCGUCGUCUGACCGGGGACCGUGACGACGCAGCCUCCGACAUCCUGCCCGCUAUCCGCAGAGCUCAGUCCACCAGCAGCCUGGCCAGCUCGGUCAGAGGAGGCCGCAGGGCGCUGAGCGUCCACUUCGGAGAGCUGCCUCCUUCGACCCGCAGCAGGAAAAGCUCUGAGACGGAGUCGUCCAGCUCAGGUGGAUCAGGAGGAAGUUCCCAGAGCAGGGGGCCAAGACUCAGGUUGGAGAGGCCGCAGGGAGAAAGACUGGAGGCGGAGGGCAGCGAGGGGGGAGACGUAGCUUCUGUCAUGAAGAGAUACCUGAAGAAGGAGAUUGACUGAACCAGCAUCCUCUUUGUGUGUCCACAUCCAGCUGUGAGCUUCACGGAAACGCUGAAGACUGCAGGAGCUGCAAUCAAGGCUGAAUUAAACACUUCACAACUUCAACAAGGAUGUGUCUUUGGACUCUCCGUGUUGAUGUUAAAGCCACCUGAAAAUGCAUUUGUUCAGUCCACAAGCACUCAAUCAGCUGUAUUUUCAGAUAAGCACUGUUUGUAUAUGAAUAAAAAAAUGAAAGGAA